AUGUACUUCCGGCAGGAGUACGACGCCUACGUCAUCGGCUCAUACGAUCACGAGCCGCUGCUCCUGGAGCCGGAGGAUAUCUGGAGUAACGCUGACGCCCCCGAGAUGCCUUCGAUGAUGCCGUGGUCGGAGUCAGCGUUUCGCAAGGGGAUGAUAUCGGCGGGCGAGUUCAUGCCCGCUCUUCAGGACGCCGAAUUGGUGCAGAAGGUCAACGGCAUGUUCGUCUUCACGCCGGACGGGAUGCCCGUACUCGGCGAGUCGCCCCAGGUCAAGGGGUUCUGGUCGGCGGAAGGCGUCUGGAUAACCCAUGGCGGCGGUGUCGGCAAGGCCGUCGCCGAGUGGAUGGUGAACGGCCAGCCGACAAUGGACCUGCGAGAGGCCGACAUCAGCCGGUUCCAUCCCCACCAGCUUACCCACUCGUACAUCACCAAGCGCGGUGCCCAGCAGUACCGCGAGGUCUACGACAUCAUUCACCCCGCCCAGCAGAUGGACGACCCGCGCGGACUUCGCACCCUGCCUUACCACGACCGGCUCGAAGAGCUUGGGGCCUACUUGGUCGAGAACGCCGGAUGGGAGCGCCCACAGUGGUUCGAGGCAGAAUGCGGAGCUUCUUGA